AUGGCAAUACUGAAGCUUCCGAGAAAACGUUUCCAAAUUGUUUUCUACGUUUCUCUUAUCGCUUUGUUUAUUUCCCUUUUCAUAUUACUGGAUUUUCUUACGCAUUACCGAAAAAUGAAAGAUGUCUGGAGAGUCUUGGCUUCCUCAGAUGACUUUGCUAGCUAUGAAGAUUUAUUCGAUGAUGACGUCAUGGAGGACAUAGAUGAUAGUGAACUUCAACGCCUCGGUUUGUCUUCACAAGAAAUAAGAGCGAUGAGAUCUGAACUUCGAACACAUUAA